GUUUGUCUUCGUGUCUCAUACUAUGUUGGGUGGGCAUAUCUGUCUUUCGGCAAUGGAAGGGGACGACGAAAGGACCUUGUCCUGCUUUUUCUUCUGCAAUUUCAGGUUGUUCUUGGUGUUUGGCACUAUGUCGGCUGGGCAUAUGUAUCUUUGCGGAGUUGAAGACGUCGUGGUGGGGUUUAGAAAGACAAACAACAAAGCUGAUCUGUACUAUUCGGAAAGCCUCCAUCCAAAUCAAGGUUCACUGUGAGUCGGUGAUCAAGAACAAGAACAGUGACAACUCGGCUAUUCUCAUGUGGGACAAAUAAAGAAGGGGAUUCAUACUUGGUGGAGUGGAAUGAAAGUGAAGGAGCUGUAAAGCGUACCUAUCAUGGUCUUGGGAAGCGGACUGUUGGGGUUGUGCAGUUUGAUACCACCAAGAAUUGAUUCUUGGCUACUGGUGAUGAGUUCAUGGUUAAAUUAUGGGACAUGGACAAUGUUAACCUUUUGACAAGUACAGAUGCAGAUGGUGGACUGCCGGCUUCUCCUUCUAUUAGAUUUAACAAAGAAGGAAUACUGUUAGCUGUCUCAACAAAUGACAAUGGUAUUAAAAUCCUAGCAAAUUCAGAUGGAAUUAGGUUGCUGAGAACAGUGGAUGCUUCCAGAGCUGCUUCUGUGGCUGUUGUGAAGGCCUCAGCAAUAGGAACAUUUGGAUCGUCUAACAUUACUGUUGGAACAGGCAUUGGAGAUCGAGCAGCUCCAGUGCCAGCCAUGGUUGGACUGAUCAACGGCAUCCUUUCGCUACAAAAUGUUGAAUCAACUAGCAUAAAGCACAACAGAAGAGCAUGUGACUGCUGCAAGAACAGAACAUAUUGAAGUUUCAUAACAUACUUACAGAACCAGUAUUUGCAGGAAAUAUAAGGAAAAAGAGCAACGACAGCAGCAGCAUCACAUGCAUUAUGGAGAAGGAAACCACUAUAUUGAAGGCUGAAGAGCUCAAUAAGAAGCAUCAACAAGUUGAUCAUAUUGAAUUGAUACAUUAGAUCCCUGGCAGCGGACAAGUUCAUGAACUUUUGAAAGCUACUUCAGACCCAUCUGCCAAUGUUCUCGACAUCGUGCUUUACUUUUCAAGGGUAGAUGUUGGUUAUCAUAAGUGAUAGUGUCUUCAGGCGGUACUUUUUUGUUAUGCUUGAUGUCUUUUGGCUGUCCCAUAUACUGAAAUCUUAGGCCAUUUUGAUAUGUGCUACCAUGAUUUAGGGAUAAAACCUUGAACUUAAGUACAUAGCAGUUUAGACAAACAAUUUUUUUCGUAUGCAGCAAAAGAAAUAACUAAGAAAUUGAAAUUCUUACUUUUUCAAGAAAUUUCUAUUUCAGCAGAUAUUAAGUUUAUAGGCCUAACGGAAAGAUUAGGGGUAUUUCAGCAGAGAUAAAAUCGCACCACCAGCGGGAAGAGGUAAUUGAUAAUCAUUCUCUGAGAUUAUGAGUUCUCUUGGUUCAAGCAUCGAAAUGUCAGAGUCUAAGUUCAAGAAUGUAACUUUUUUGAUAAUUUCAGGACGACAAAGUACUAGAUGAAGAAAUUGAAGAGGACGAGAUGUUCUGGAAUCAGGAGGCUCUUAAAGAGGAGGAAGAAGAUGAUAACUAUGAAGUGGAGCUGAAGUUGCUGAUGUGUUUGAUAAUGACUUUAUUAAAGAUGUGAGUUCUCUUCUAACAGGGCUCAAAUUGUUUACUUUAAUUUCAAGUUUUCUAGCAUUUUAGAGGAAAUGUGUGAGUUUAAAUUACCUCUAUCGAUUUGUUUGUGCAAUUGAUUGGGAACUAAGCUGUGAUUAUUUUGAGUUGACGUCGACAGAUCUUUGUAUUUCCUUUGAUUAUGUAUUUUACAAACUUAAUAAUUAAUACCUGAAGUCACCAACUGGUGUAUAAGAAAUUAUGCUGAUUUUGGGGUUUUACUAAUUUUGAAUCAAUUUGGCACCUUAAAAAAACAAAUGGUGAGCAAUGUUCAAUUAGCAUUUUAAUUAGUACUUGGAAAUUGGAAGUACAGAAUAUCUUUUGCAAGGCUAUAGAUUGUGUUAAUAUUAAUUAUAGUUGGCUUAAGACUAUCAGUUCCUAAGCUGGAUUGAGCGAUGCUGUGAUUUGGUGUUGAAGCAUCUUUCAGUCAUGCAGAAACAAAGGUAUGUUGCUACUCUCUUAAUACACUAUUUGUCUCUGUCUCACUAAAUGUACUAAUACAUAUUAUGACUUUUCCAGAUGCUGAUGAAAAAAGUUGAUGCAUUGAUGAAAGCCAUGGAGCGGAGUCUAUGAAAAUAAAGAGAAAAGCCGUAGCUAAAGAUAAAGAAGCUGCAGCAGCCAAGGUGAAUGCUAACAAAAAACUCAUCUAAGAGGUUGUAAUUACUUUUCAACAGCCUCAAUACCAUUCUUUCCUUUUGUAUUUUGCUUCUGUAGCAGCAUCCCUUUCAAAUAUUAAAAUUUUGAUUGACUUCUAAUUGCUGGGGGUAACAAAAGCAUCUUGAAUGUUUGCUUA